AUGCGCAACGUCUAACCUGCACCCAUCCAAACUCUCAUCCGCCGUUUGUUCGCCGAGAAAAACCGGAAAAGAAAAGAAAAGAAAAGAAAAAAACAAACAAAAAACCCACUCUCUCAGAACUAUGGCGGUUCGAGCCACUGUGUCGCGGUUCCCGAUCGACGCUGGGGCCCACGAGAGCUCAGGCAUACCAUGGGGCGUUUCGGUGACGCCAUUCGCGACCAAGGACGAGAACGGCCAAUCCCCAGUGUAUGGAUCUGACGGUGAGCUGUUGCCGAGAUGCGAGAACUGCUGGGCCUAUUUCAACACGUACUGCGAGCUCGACCAGUGGUCAUGGAACUGUGCCCUAUGUGGAAACCCGCAGGGACUUUCUUCUCAGGCCAUAGCUCGAUACUCUCAUCCUGAGUCUUGCCCCGAGAUGAUGUCCUCGUUCGUGGAUCUGGAGCUUCCUGUGGAGGAGUCGGAUGAAGCAAUGCAACCUCGCCCGGUUUAUGUUGCGGCCAUUGAUUUGUCCUCUUCAGAAGAAUUUUUAGAACUUACUAAAAGUGCAUUGCUGGCCUCUUUGGAAGCUCUUGCGCCUGGUUCUCUGUUUGGUCUUGCUGCAUUUAGCCAUAAACUAGGGUUGUAUGAUGUUCAAGGACCUAUACCAGUUGUGAAGAAUGUCUUCAUUCCCCCGGAAACAGAGGGCACCUUGCCAAUUGAGCUUGAAGAUGUCAUGCCUUUGUCACAGUUCCUGGCGCCAGUGGAAACUUGUAAGGACCGUAUUGGAUCUGCACUUGAAACACUUAGACCAACAACGUCAUGGGAAAGAACAACGGCAGCUGGUCAAGGACUUGAGGGUGUUUUGAUGGGCGGGCGGGGUUUUGGGGUGGCAAUGGAAGCCAUUUUGAACUACCUUGGAUCAGAAUAUGGAAGCACAUUUGCAUUAGGCAGAGUCUUUGCUUUUUUGUCUGGCCCUCCUGAUUAUGGAGCUGGGCAAUUAGAUACAAGACGUUAUGGAGAACAAUAUGCUAGUAAGAGAGAGGAUGCGGACCGUGCAUUGCUUCCUGAGCAGACGCCAUUCUACAGAGAUCUGGCUGCUGUCGCUGUUCAAGCAGGUGUUUGCGUGGAUAUUUUUGCUGUUACAAAUGAGUAUACAGAUUUGGCUUCUCUGAAGUUUCUUAGUGUAGAAAGUGGAGGCUCAUUGUAUUUAUAUUCAAAUGCUGAUGAUUCAACUCUUCCUCAGGACAUGUACCGAAUGCUAAGUCGACCUUAUGCAUUUGGUUGUGUACUGCGGUUGAGGACAUCUUCUGAGUUCAAAACCGGCCACUCUUAUGGUCAUUUCUUCCCAGAUCCACAGUAUGAGAAUGUUCAACAUAUUAUCUGUUGUGAUUCUUAUGCCACAUAUGCUUAUGACUUUGAGUUUGAAGAUACCAAGGGAUUUGCAAGACAUGGAUCAGAGCCUCCUAUUAUACAGAUUGCUUUCCAAUACACAGUUGUUCUGCCCCCUGAGGAGCUCUCUGAUUCAGGAUUCGUUUCCUCAAGUAGAGGCAAGCAUUCCCUCAAACGACGACUAAGGAUUCGAACUUUACAAUGUGGAGUUGCCCAAAAUAUAAAUGAACUCUAUGACAGUGUUGAUCCUGAAGUGGUUCUGUCAUUGCUUGUUCACAAGGUUAUAUUAGCCUCUCUGGAGCAAGGGGUUCGGGAAGGCAGAAUGUUGCUUCAUGAUUGGCUUGUGAUCCUAACAGCUCAAUAUAAUGAAGCUUAUAAACUUGUUCAACUCAAGAAUGGAAGUUCUGUAAUUGGUCAGGUUGAUGUUGCAUUCUCACAAUGUCCAGAACUACAGUCCUUACCGCGCUUAGUUUUUGCAUUGCUCCGAAACCCUCUGCUCCGUUUUCAUGAAGAAGGUGUUCAUCCCGACUUCCGAAUCUACCUGCAGUGUCUUUUUAGCGCACUGGAACCAAGUUCACUCCAUCGAGCUGUGUAUCCAGUGCUGACCUCCUAUUCCACUCCAGAUAAACAAGCAUACCCACGACAUUCACUUAGUCGUGCUGCACUGAUUACGAGUGGUAGUCCUAUAUUUUUCCUUGAUGCAUUUACGACUCUAAUUGUGUUUUAUUCUUCAACGGCAGACCCUACACUUCCUUUUCCUCCACCCCAUGAUUGUUUGUUGCGGACUGUGAUCAACAAAUUAAAGCAAGAGAGAUGUGUCACCCCCAAACUCAUAUUUAUCAGAGGAGGGAAGGAUGAUGCCACAGCUUUUGAAAACUAUCUUAUUGAGGAACAGGACGUCGACGGAAGUGGUCUAACGAGCGUUAUGGGUUUUGUUUCCUUUCUUGAAGAUGUUACACAGGGUGUGUUAGAAUACAUGAAAUCUGGUAUCUGAAUUUCAUCACAAAGUACAGGACAGAAGGGUACAUUUAGCCAGGGUGCUUAAAUCACAGGUCUUGAUACUGAGUGUACUGACCACUUGUUUAAGCUUUGUAUGGCCAUCGAGGUAGGGAAUUUCUAUUCUCCUGGUUGAAUCAGCCGGGCAGCUGUUUCUAGUCCUUUUCUUAAGCUCCCUACGUGGUACAAAUUAUACAGAAAUCACAUUCACUCUCAUAGUUGUUGUAAAACAUAGUUGCAGGCAUGUAAGAGCUCAACAUUUCUGGCAAAAUCAUGAAUAUAGGUUUAGCUAACUGUGCUAAAAGCGGCCUUUGCAUUGGCCAUUGCUUGGUAUAAAACAAUGUAGUAAAAGUGAAAAUUUUGUUAGUUUCCUUGAAUUUUUUGCUUUUCAUUCUAACAGUGGCGAUAUAUGUUUUAUUCUUUCCUUCUGAAGACUUUUCA